AUGUCCGAGCCCGGAUAUGUGGGGGCGAAACAAUGCAUUUCGCCCCUUUUCUCCCGGCUGCAGACCCAGCUGAUGGAUGGCACUUUUGCCUCUAGCGAACAGGGGCAAUUCACGCAGCUUCUGAUCUACCUACGCCAACCUAUCAAAAUCCGCAGACAAGGGGCCAAUAUUGUCUCUCCCGAGGGCCUAGGCGAGCUCGAAGACGCAAGAUUUGAGCAUUUGAUUCCCUAUUAUAACGAAGAUCGGGAUUGUCGUGGAUACUACUGGAUGUACAUCUCCUUACCUGCCUUUGGUGGUUAUGUACUCAACACGUUGGGAACCCCCGAGUAUCUCCUGCACUUGUUCAGAUCGGGGUAG